CCGCGAAGCAAGCAGUUCAUAACGAGACGAGGCGCUGACUGAAAAAGUUGACCAAGUACUGAGCAGCAAGUUUGCAAAGAUGCCGAGGUCCUUUCUUGUGGAUUCGUUGAUUUUGAGGGAGGCAAAUGAUAAAGGGAGGGAAAACAAUCCACCUUUAUUUCCUUACGCUAUGCACCCGUCUCACCCCCUCCAUGGGCUGUCCGCAGGCUCUUGCCACUCACGGAAGGCUGGCUUGCUAUGCUUCUGUCCGCUAUGCAUAUCCCAGCUCCACCCGUCUCCACCGACCUUGCCACUCCUCAAGGCAUCCUUCCCUACCUUCGGCUCCCAGUACUGCCAUUCUGCACUAUCGAGGCACCACGCGUCCUCCGCCGGCGUCAACCUCAACCACGGUCCGGGGAUAUAUCAAGCAACCUAUUCGGUUCCAGACCCACGACAGUUCCACUGCAUCUCCAUCGGUGAGUAAAACAUAUUGAAUGCACAACUGAUACUUUUACACAGAAUUAGCUUUAUCAGCUCAAUAAACAUUUACUCUGGUGUUUUAUUGUGCAUUUGGGAUAACUUAAUUAAAUGUAUAUUUUUUUGCUUUUACAGAAAACAACAACAGCCAACUUCAGAGCAGCAAGCGCAUGCGCACAGCCUUUACCAGCACGCAACUUUUGGAGUUGGAGAGAGAGUUCACUUCCAACAUGUACCUCUCCAGACUUCGGCGCAUUGAGAUAGCCACGUAUCUAAACCUGUCAGAGAAGCAGGUCAAGAUCUGGUUCCAGAACCGCAGAGUCAAACACAAGAAGGAGGGGAAGAGCGGCGCGCACAGAACCGGCUCACACAGUUGCAAGUGCUCGUCCCUGUCAUCUGCACGGUGCUCGGAGGAGGAAGAGGACAUGCCCAUGUCUCCCUCCUCAUCAGGGAAAGAGGAUGAUGGAGACCUGUCCGUCUCCCCCUGA